AUGCUGCUUGGUGAGGUUACGAUCACUCUGGAGGACGUUGUCACACUAAGCGGUUUACCGAUCGACGGUGAGGCUGUCAUAGUAGACGUACCAGAUCAGGAGUGGUCGGCAACGUAUACCAAACUGUUAGGACAUGCUCCUACCGAUCUUUCCAGCGGUGUCGUUAGGAUUAGUUGGCUCAGGGAGCAUUUCAGCAAUCUGCCGCCAAAUGCAUCAUCAGAGAUUACAGGGCAAUUUGCACAAACUUAUGCCCUAUCUCUGAUGGGGUGUAUGAUGUUCCCCGAUCGGACUAGAUCUACAGUUCAUCUACAAUAUCUACUCCUGUUGGAGAAUUGGCGGAGCGCUGGAGGCUACGCUUGGGGAGAAGCUAUUCUAGCCUACCUGUACCGUGAGACGGGUAGGUCUGCAGAACCUUGGUGGCUGGAUCGCUUUACUCCAACUCUAGGCGUGGGAGCGAUUCCCAUUGAUAGCACCACGGCAUACAGUGAUGGAUGA